GAAUAAUGUCGAACUUUUUUCCUGCUCCACAAGUGAAUGUAUUUGAAUCGGUAUCGCAUUAGUCACACGAAGUCAGAUAUCAUGGAUCUCGCAGAUGCCCUUGACAGUGACACAGCACCGAGCAGCCAGCAAGCUGGAGGUCUAGCAUGGUCUGGGCAGCCACCCUGGCCUGGACAACAGCCUGGCAUGCCAGGCCAGCCACCCUGGCCUGGACAACAGCCUGGCAUGCCAGGCCAGCCACCCUGGCCUGGACAACAGCCUGGCAUGCCAGGCCAGCCAGCUUGGCCUGGACAACAGCCUGGCAUGCCAGGCCAGCCAGCCUGGCCUGGACAGCCAGUCUGGCCUGGACAACCCAACCAGCCUUCUGCACCAGGAUGGGGAGGGCCAGUCCCACCAACUGGCCCUCAAAAUAUCCCACCAUUGACUGUCCCCUACAGUCAACAGCUGCCUGGUGGAGUCUAUAACAAGAUGCUCAUUACUAUUCAGGGGACAGUCAAGCCUCAAGCUCAACGGUUUGCAAUCAACCUGCAGGGAAAAGACUGUAUAGCCUUUCAUUUUAACCCCCGCUUCAAUGAAAAUCACAAGCAGGUGAUAGUGACAAACAGCAUGAUUAAGCAAAUGUGGGGCACAGAGGAAAAACAAUGUCCCUCUUUCCCCUUUGUCAAAGGACAGCCGUUUGAGGUGAAGAUCUUGUGCACUACGGAUUCAUUCAAAGUAGCUGUGAACAAGGCUCACCUGCUUGAGUACAAAUACCGAGUUCGUGAGCUCAACCAGAUCACUCAGCUUUGUGUUCGCGAGGAUGUCACACUUACAUCUGUCACUGUAGAGACACUCCCCUGAGGCUUCUUCAAAAUAUGAAACCAUAUUAUCCAAAUAUCUUAUGAUAGGCUUUGUAUUUUAUGUUCCCUUCAUUACUGCCCAAAUGGGGCAAACACUAUCUUUAUUUGCUCUGUUGAUCUAGAAGUGCCACUCCUUUUCAUGGUUUUAUAAAGGUAAUAUGUUCCAAUUGUAACAGAAAGCAUUCACAGAUUGACUGCUUCAUAAAGGCAAACACGGGUUUUCAUUUUAUUAGAUUGUAUGAUGGAACCAAUUAAAUGCAUGAAGUUGCACUUGUUUUAAAUGAUCAAUCACAACACAAACUAUUAGCAGGGACCAUCAUUCAACUGGGGCCACUACCUUUGCUAUUUGGCAGCAUGGAUAUAAACUUUAAGUGUAUGAAUACCACAUAUAAACACCCCCCCACACACCAAGGUAAUGUACUUAUGAAAUCUUGAAGCAAGGACUGCAUCAGUUGUAGACUGUAGACAGGUAAUAAACUAAUGCCUGUACAGAAAAUUCAUGGGUGGUGGUGUGGAAUCAGGGGAGCAAAGUAGCAUCCAACAACUGAGAAACCAGCAGGUGAUGGGUGACGUGACCCAGAUGAGGUAAAAAAAUCAUAAUGUUUCUAAAUUAUACUAAAAUCAUGCACGACGCAUGAAAGGUGUACCUGCUCUCUGUAUUGUUCAAACAAAUGCGACGGAAAUGGUUCCACCACAAGACCUUCAUGAUCAGAAAUCACUGCAUAGCACAUUUGGUUCCUGCCUGUUUCUCUGUUGUGUGAUGCAGAGGCAUCCACAUAAAGAACAAGAUCAGGAUUAGGGAUCUGGCUCGUACUGUACUCGCAGAUUUCCAUCUCCUCCUUCUUUUCUGCACCCUCUACCUCUUCCACAUCCCUGUCCUCUUCUUCUUGACCGACUUUAGUUCUAAGACAUUGUCAGUGACGCUUUGUGCACGUCGUUCUCCCUUCACGACCUUCUUCUUCUCUUCUCUGCAUGCAUUGCAUAGGCUUUGUCUAGACAGCUUUCCCCCUUCUCAUCUGAGGUGGUGAGGCCUGCACCGCAUCUCCGUCGUAUCGUGGUGGGCCUUGUGCAGUCGGUAGCUCUGGGUGGAAGGUCGGGCAUGAUGUUGAUUGAUGACGUUGACUGCAGAAAUACUGUGAAUCGGGUUGUUUCACCUCCAUCUUUGCUGGCCUGGCAUCAUCGUCUCGGUGUAGCGGACAAAUCAGGGCCCACUGAACAGUUAUUUAACAUUCAUUUUCUGUCCCUGCCUGACCGCAUCUGUCCAUCUGUCCCUCUGUCCUGCAUCUCUCUUUGCUGCUUCUUAUACAUGAAUUCUUUGGGCUUUCCCGUCUGGAAUAAACUUUCCAUUUCCCUUCCUAUUUUUCCCCUAUUACUCUUUCUUUCUCCAAUUCUUUCUUUCAGUUGAUCUAUCUGCCUCAUACUAAAACUCCCCUUCUCUGGGAACCCACAUUUGUCUAGCCGUACAUCUGCUUGUACUAUAGCGUUCCCAUAAUUUGCUCUCAUGAAGUUGCUAUUUGGGCAUGAAUAGCCUCCUUUUGUUAAUCUACUCUGUGAUUUCCAUACUUCUCAAAUUUGCCCACAACAUAAUUAUAAGAUAAUUAUUUAGAAGGUAUGUACGUUCCCACUCACACCUUAGAAUUUGUCCCUCUUACCACUUCUAAACUGUGACAGCUGUUUGUUUAAUACUCUCUUAAUAAUGAAUUCACUUUUUUUUUUUUGUCAA